CACAAUUUCUCCACACAAUCUGUUUCUUCAACCUUCCACUAUCUUCUACUACGUAAUAUAUUUUUCUUCUGCCGCCAGCUCUUCUAUUAGGAACAUGGUAUUUCUUUCCUUUUAUUGCAACAAUCUGCCGUUUGGCUCUUAAUCGUUGAUAACUGGAGCUUCUCAUUCUCUCGCACCUAGGAGAAUCAAGAUUCUUAUAUUCCAUAUGCUUUAAUUUGACUCCGAUCGAUACACACAGCAAGAAUGGUAGACAAAGUGCUUUCUUUGAACUUCAUCACCGGUGGAACAUUUCUGAAGACCAAAUACUCUGGUGGAUAUCAUAGGAAGGUUAAAGAUGCUAUUGACAUGGAGAGAUUUUCAUAUGCUGUGUUGAUGGAAUAUGUGAAGGAAGACUGUUUGUUCGAAGAAAUUGGAGGUGUUUAUGUUCCCAAUGCGAACAGAGUCGGAUGGAAGCUGCUUACAAACGACAGUGAUGUUAUGAAUUAUGUGCUUGCACGUGAAAAGGAUGAUGUUAUUCAUUUUUGGAUUGACCAUGUAGCUGAUGAAGAAAUUCCUCCAAUGGAUCAGAAUCAACCACAUGUGAUUAUAAGACCUAGAAAGUGUAUCUUAACAGGAUCAAAUAAUCUACCAAAAAGAAAUUUUUGCACUCUAAAGUCUGUUCAAGAACAAUAUCAUGAAAAAGUAAGAAAAAAUAAAGAACCACGCAUCACAGAAAGGAGAAAAAUGAAGGCACAAGACGAGUUGGGUGUAAAACAUGUUCGUGAUUCCUCUGAAGUCCAUCCUUUACACAGUGAUGGAGAUGACUUACCUCUUGGUGAGGAUGAUAUGAGUUUAUUCACGACAAAAUCAUAUGAACAAAGCAGAUUGGAAAAUAUUGAAGUUAACAACCAACGCUUGACUGCACUUGGGCUGCCUAGUAGAAGUCGAUGGACAUCAAAGGAAAGCGUCUCACCCAAAAACACGCUCCCAAUCCAAUGUGCAUGAAAUGUUUGAUGAAAAUGAAUGUGCAGUACCCACUUCUACACAGCUUAUUUUGCAAAAGACCAUUAAUGAAGUAGUGAAAAAGUGCACUCGUAAAGGGCCUGCAAAAGAGCUUAACGAAUCAAGAAAUGGAGAGUUAGGAUCUAUGUCAGCUUAUAUAGCUUUGAAGAAGAAAAAGCAAAUGAUUGAAGUCAGAGAUGAGGGAGAUUCGAUUGAAAUGCAUGAUACUAUAGUUCAACAACACAAUGCCGAAAAGGGACAGGAAACACCUCAAACAAGUACUGCAGAAAACCAACAAGAGAAAAAAUGUAGAGGACCGACAAGAAUGUUUUCUGUCCACACAAGAAAUGAAGAAGAAAAGAAAGUUAUUGACUUGAAUGAGUUUAAUCAAGCAGUGGCAAAUGAUGAUAAAACACUUUCAGAAUUCAGCAAUUUCUUAGGAACUUUAGCAAGGCAAUGUGUGCCUCUUUGUUGUGUCAACUGGCAUGCAUAUCCUCACAAAGAAGACUUGUGGACAUAUGUCCAGGAAAAAUACACAAUAUCUGAUGAAGGAAAGGCUUGGGUAUUGAAGACUAUUAAUGAUACAUGGAGAUGCUACAAAGCUCGCAUUAAAAAGAAUCAUUAUAAAAAAUUCUCUACUAAUGAGGAGAGGAUAGAAAAUAGGCCACUAGAGAUACCAAAGGAUGAAUUUGAGUUGGUUAUGAAAUACUGGGGACGCAAAGAAGUCCAGGCAAAAGCUGAGAAAAACACUUCCAACCGAAAGAAAGUAAAGGACACACACACUGUUGGACCGCGAAGUUUUGCCCAAAUUCGCGAGAAAUUGCAAUCUAAAAAACCAAACAAGGAGAAAGCAAGUAAAGCAGAAGUGUUUCUUGUAACGCGUAAGAGAAAGGCUGGUCGUAAGUAUGCUUCGUUAAAUGAUGUGACAGAGUACAAAAUUGUGAGCAAUUUAUGAAGAUGGGUUAAUUUGUAUCUUAAUCAUUUAAUUAUAGAUUGUUUGUGGAAUAGUGAUAACUAACUCGUGCACUAAUGUGUAGGCGAGGCUUGAACAACUCGUUUCAUCCGGACCGGAAAACAAUGAGAUGGUUGAGCAACUUAUUGGAGACAUAUCACAUGGACCAAAUUAUCUUAUAGGAAGGCGUGGGAGAUCAAAGAAACAGAAGGCACCACCUCCUAACAUUUCAAAAUUAAAAGAAGAAAUGGCGGAAGAAAUGAACAAGAAAAUUCAGCAUUGCUUAGCCUUUGCUAUAACUAAAUUGGCAGCCGAUAAUCCAAAUUUGAAAGUCAAUGUUGAUGAGCUUUGUGCAGCAAUGCCAUUUGAUGUUUGUAGGGACCAGCUUCAAGAUGAUUCCAACUCUUCUGAUUCUAAUGAGACUGAAGCAUCUAAGGGAGAUUAAAAGAUUGAAACAUACUCAAGGUGUUGAUGGUAUGUGCUUUUUUGUUCAUUGGUUAUGGACUUAUGGAGGCUGAUUCUCAUUUUGGAUGCAAGAAUAGUUAGAACUCUUGCUAUCAAAAUUGUGAUGUUUUUUGAACUUUUUUGGAUUGUAAUUAAUUUUGUUAUGAUACACAUGAAUGGAUGGAAGUUACUUUAUUUUAAUUAAUUAUAUUGUAUUCGUAAGUAUAAUUUUUUGUCUAA